AAAAACCCUAAAAUAUCCACUUGUGUCCCCACAGAAAAAUGCUGAGGAGCCUGAGAGGACUCGCCUGCCGCUCCCUGAAGCUGGACCACGGGCAUGGCCCCCCCACGGCAGCCAAGGGGGGCCUGAGCUCCGUUGCCAGCCAGGACGUCCCGACCCCGCAGAGACCCCGAGCGGUUUUCCACACCAGCGAGAGCGACCCGGCCAAGCACACGGAGCAGCACGAGGGUCGGCACUACAGCAUCCCCCUGGAGGAGGUGAAGGUCGUGUUCCCACAUGGGCUCCCCUACCGCUUCCAGCAGCAGAUCCAGACCUUCAACGAGGCCUGUGUGAUGGUGCGGAGACCGGCGCUCGAGCUCUUCGGGUACCUGAGGAGCACCAACUUCGCCCACCCCGCCGUCAGAUACGUCAUCUAUGGUGAGAGGGGGACAGGGAAAACCAUGACCCUGUGCCACGUGGUUCACUACUGCUCCAGGCAAGGCUGGCUGGUGCUGCACAUCCCCGAUGCUCAUCUGUGGGUGAAGAACUGCAGGGAGCUCUUGCCCUCUUCCUACAAGAAGGAGCGGCUGGAUCAGCCUCUGCAGGCCUCAGCCUGGCUCAAGAACUUCAAAACCUCCAACGAGCGCUUCCUGAGGGAGAUAAAAACCCAGAGGAAAUACGUGUGGGGCAAACGGGAGAGCACCGAGGAGGGCAGACCUCUGGGGGAAGUGGUGGAGCAGGGCCUGGCCCGGGUCAGGACCGCCAGUGACGCCGUGGGGGUGGUGCUGAGGGAGCUGAAGCAGCAGAGCCCCCGCGGCUCCUUCCGCCUGCUCGUGGCCGUGGACGGGGUCAACGCGCUCUGGGGCCGCACCACGCUCAGGAAGGAGGACAAGAGCCCUGUUUCUCCAGAGGAGCUGACGCUCGUGCACAACCUGAGGAAGAUGGUGAUGAACGACUGGAGUGGAGGUGCCGUUGUGACCACCCUCAGCCAGACCGGCUCGCUCUUCAAACCCAGCUCUGCUUACCUGCCCCAGGAGCUG